CAGAAAGUAAAAACGCACUGUUUGCACAUUUUAAAGUUUUAUGAUAGCAACCAAAAUGUCAGUAAAACUGUGUUUGUAAUUGCUAUUUACGUGCAACAUUGAAAAAUCUACAAAGCAUUGUAUUUCUGCUUUAGCCGUUAAAAAAUAUUUUAAAGUUUUCGUAAAAUCCCAAUAUUGCUGACUGGUGCAUUUUCUUUAAAGGUGUAAUAUGCAUACUAUUACUACUUAAGUCACUUUGCAAGAAGUGUAAAAUAGUUUCUGCUAUAUUUGCCCAGUUAUGUGUGGAUACAAAUAAUACAGUAGACCACAAUUUUAAAACUUUUUAGAUUUCUAUGGAAUGUUGAAAUAAACGCUGAUUCAUGGUUUUGAAUUUCAAAGUCAUGUUUUAGAAAUUUGCGGAUAAUAAAUAUAAAGUUUUGUGUUUUUCAUAAAUUUCUUAGUGUUUCUUGGCCAAAGUUUCACCAUGGGUAUAGAAUAUGUUAUCGAACUACAUGCAACUGUGCGAGGUCUUGCGGAACAUGCAGAAUUGUAACACCACCAUUUUAUUACCGAACGAAAGAGUUAUCAAAUUUAUACGAAGUUGCGAACCGUAAUAGUAUAGCAAAAAAGAACGCAUUAUAAAAUAACAAAAAUAAUUAAUAUUGUUUUAGAAACCCAAAAAUAACCAAAAUUAAUUGUAUUGCUUUCCCGCUAUUAUUUAAAGAACUACCAAAGCUAUGACGUCAUUACUUCGAAAUAUUUUGUUUACAUCGAACAUUUGCAGUCAAUGUAUUGCACGAAAUAUUGCUUACAAAAGUAUUUAUCACACUGUAAACUUGUAUCCUGAAAGUGUGGGCUCAUUCUCGUCUUAUCAACACAGUGAAGAUAAAAGUCAUAACACCACAGACAAAUUUGUUGGCCCAGUUUUAAGGGGAAAUGUUAAAGUUGAAUUCAGUAAGAGUUCGAAACCAGGAGGUCAACACGUCAACACAACGUUAAGUAAAGCGCUUGUUCGUUUCAACUUAAUGAAAGCUGAAUGGAUUCCUUUUGAAGUGAGGAAAAUUAUGGCGGAGAAAUAUCAAAACAAAAUAACCCGAACCGGAGACUUAAUAGUUUGGGACGAGGAAAGUCGAUAUCAGAUGAGAAAUCUACAAUCUUGUCUUGCAAAGGUGGAAGAAAUGAUAAUGGAGGCACAAAAACCACCAGACACCAGUAAAGAAGAUAGAAUUGCGGAGCUUUAUAACAUGGAUAGUAUUCAUGCCGCACAUAAGAAAAGAUUGCAGAAGAAAAGAAAAUCUUCAUUUACAAAAUCGAUGCGCAAUACUGGAAAUUUUGACGCUUAGUUUUAUUGAACGUAAUUGUUAUUUCUGACAUAAAAUACAAAAAAAAUUAUCUAAAUAUUUUUAAUGACAUGAUUAGAGGUAUGAUGUCACGAUUUUCAAUAAGUUUCAACUGAUCGUUUUGACCCAA